AUGGACGCCUCCCGGCAGCUUGGAGACCCCCCCAAGAACUACUACGGGAUCAAGGUCGAGUUUCCGUUCGAGACGCCCAUGGUUCCGCAGGACCAGAUGAUGCAGCGAAUCAUCGCGGCCCUCAAGUCGAAGAGACACGCGUUGCUUGAGUCUCCCACGGGGACCGGAAAGUCGGCCGCCAUGCUGUGCGCGUCCCUGGCAUGGCAGCGCGAUGAGCUUUUUCGGACGGGCAAGGCUCCGCAGAUAUUUUACGGCGCGAGGACGCACACACAGCUCGAGCAGAUGGUGAGGGUUGUCAAGAGCUCGCCGUACUGUCCGACCAUGGCGACCCUGGGUUCUAGAGCGCGCCUGUGCAUCAACCCCAUGGUCGUCGGCGACGGGGCUGCGAAAGACGACGAGCCAUCGGACGAAGACGAAGACGAAGACAACAACGACGACAGCAAUGAUACCGGAUGGGGGCGGGGGGGCCGUGGUGCUGGAGCCGGUGGGCGGGGGGGGGGAGGGGGGUCUAGGGGGGGCGGCGGCCGACGGCGGCGGCGACAGAAACGCAACUCGAACAGUAGCAUGCAGGAGUCUUGCCAGGCCCUGCGAUCGAAGGUGGAUAGGCAGAGAAAGCACAACAAAUUCCUUAACCUUCCCGGAGGCGGACGGGUCCCCUACGACCAAGAUGCCCCCGACCUCACCCUUGACCUCGCCAACAUCGAGGGCAGACUGACCGAGAAGGAGAAGGAACACGCAGCGUGCCCCUUCUACCGCUCCAUGUCCGCGCCGAAGGUGACCCGCGCCGCGCACGAAUUUGCCCGGCCGAGGGUGGGCCUUGCCGGCGGCCACGACGGCGUUGUCCGGCGAAACGAAGGUCAAGGCCAAGGCCGAGGGGCGAGCACGGCAGCGUGGUGGCUGCGGUAG